AUGUCUGCAGAAAACGAGUCCCAAAAAAUCAAGACUGUCGGGUCGAAAAAUGAUAAUCAUCCCAUCCAAGUAUACGCGGAUGAGGAACCUACCUCUUUGACCGAAACAAAGAGUAAACCACAAUUCUUCCGGUCUACAUUGUUCCAAAUCCUCGUAGUUGGACUAUGCGCUUUUAGUGCUCCAGGCAUAUGGUCAGCCAUGAACGGUCUUGGAGUGGGAGGCUCCCAAAGCCCUAACCUCGUCAACGCCGCUAAUGCUUUGCUCUAUGCUUUUAUGACAGUAACCUGUUUUGCUGGGCCAUUUAUUACCAAUGUUAUUGGUUUCCGGUCAACGCUUGCUCUCGGAUCAGUUGGGUAUCCCUUAUACGCAGCAGGUCUCUACACAAACAAUCGAUUUGGGACUACGUGGCUGGUAUACUUUGGCGCAGUCGCUUGCGGUCUAUCGGCCGGAUUCUUCUGGUCUGUUGAAGGAGCAAUAGCGACGGGAUAUCCAGAGCAGCACAAAAGAGGAAGGUAUAUUGCGACAUGGUUCUCGUUUCGCAAUAUGGGUAAUGUGAUUGGCGGCGCGAUUUCGCUCGCUCUCAACCAUAACACACAACAUAAAGGAAAGGUUGGGUACCAGACUUAUCUUGGCUUCAUCGCCAUUCAAUGUCUGGGUCUUGUUUUUGGGCUUCUAUUGUCGAAUCCAGAAAAAGUCCAACGGGAUGAUGGAACAAAGAUCGAGGCUCCGAGAGGCAUCGAUUGGAGGACGGAAGUUCGAGCUAUGUGGCGACUCGCUCGUAGCAGGUCUAUCUUAUUGCUGGUACCGCUGUUUUGGUAUUUUGGCUGGAUGCAGGCUUAUCCAGGGACUUACUUAGCGACGUACUUUACAGUCAGGUCACGCGCACUGGGAAGUUUUAUGUCCGCUAUUGUGGGCACAUUUGCAACCUGGCUUUCCGGGGUUUUGCUGGAUGUGCCAUGGCACAAAGAUCGAAAUGUACGCGCAGUAAGCACGUAUGUACUCAUUGCGGCACUCAACAGCGCAACCUGGAUUUGGGCAGUGUAUCUUCAGAACGAGUAUCGACAUACCCAGCCAACUUUAGAUUGGAGCAAUCAAGCCGCUUUUGCUCGCGGGUUCGGACUGUACAUGUUUGAGCGGGUCAGUCUUGGAAUGGUUGAAAACUAUAUUUAUUGGUGUAUCGGGAAUCUGUCUGAUUCACCUGGAGACCAGAUUCGGUAUAGCUCUUUGUUGAGAGGGAUUGAAACGGCAGCUGUGGCCGUCUCGUUUGGAGUCCAAGCUGUACCGACUGCGUUGAUUGUGACGGCGAGUAUCAAUUUCGGAUUUUGGUUUGUUGCCCUGCCGUUCAGUUACUAUGCAACAAUUCAGGUGGUAAGGAAGUUUCGAAGCUCAUAA